CAUAUAAGAUGUAAUAUAUAUUUAAAAUUGUACAUAAGUGGAAAAAGUGCCAGCCACUUGCUCGAACUUCGAGACAAAAUCAAAAGUUCAUGAAGUUAGAAAAGCGAGAAAUUAUUUCGAACCGAAAUUUCAAGCUUUCCAAUGGAUUCUAACACUAAAUGCUGCCAGGGCACUUUAUUUUAAGGCAACCCUCGUAUGUUGUUUAUGAAAUAAAAACUGUGAGUUAAUUGAGUCCAGUUUGAACUGGCUUCACAUUGCACGCUUGCUAUUGUAACCUUGUAGCACAAAAUGCAUAUAUGUAUAUUGUUAAUUGGUGAUAAAUAUAAAAGUGUUGAUGGUAACAGACAAAAUGAAUAAUAAUAGCAGACUACGAAGUUAAGUGUACCCAAACUAAGGACUGUUUUGUUCAGAGAUAAGUUAGAAUACUUUAGCUAUGUGGAAUGUCAAAAGUGUGUAUAAGUAUAAUAAAAGUGCUCAUCAAUAACUGAUGAAUUACCUAGUAAACAAAUACAAAGCUUGACUAAAACUAAUACGGGUUGCUCUUACAUUGGCUGCGCUCUCUGUAAGACUCUCUUACGCUCUUAUUAUCACAGUCAAUUAAUGUAGCACUUGGCGAACCGGUUGAAUAGAACAAGGAGAACCCGUUCAGUGAGCAAUACCUGAUAAGAUUUCCAGAGCGUCCAAUCUCACCUGCCUUAGUUAGGCAGAAACACCUACAUGCUAACAUAAUAUUCGUGCUACGUAGACCUGAAAGAAACCGAAACAGGGGCCUGAAAAAUCAUGCUUGAUAAGAAUGCAAACAGUUGCGUCUCGCUGGUCGGAGCGUACAGAACAGUAUAGAACGAGGCCAGUUACCAGAUCUUUCAGUGCCCACUUGCAUAUCAGUCAGAAUGCCCGAUAACAGCAACAAAUUCUGUGAAUCGAAUGAUGUGCACAUCCAUAUACCUAGCUGGAUCAAUGAGGCUUAUUUUAAGAAAUUGCUAAAACGUGAACUAACCGAAUUUCGAAAAAUACUGAAUCUCUCGAUAAUACCGGCCUCGCCGCCUGGCGAAUGUGAGAGCUAUACCUCGUUGCUAAUGCGCAUUAUAAUCGACAUUGAAAUGAAAGAUGGAUUCACCCAGCAAAAGUCGUAUAUUAUGAAAACCAUGCUCACUGAUGCCGCGGGCAUAGGUUAUAUCAACACGCUCAAUAUAUUUCCGAAGGAGAAACAAAUGUAUGAGCUGAUUAUACCACAGCUGGAGCAGCUUUAUCAGGAGCAGGGCAGAUCUGUUAAAUUUUCACCCAAGUGCCACUGGGCGGAGAAUGUGAAUGGACGCAUCUCGCUGGUGCUAGAGGAUCUGAAGACCAAAAAGUUUAGCAAUAUCAAUCGGCUCAAGGGUUUCAAUAUGAAACAAAUGCAACGAGUGCUCGAGAAACUGGCCGAGUUCCAUGCAGCCAGCGCGGUCUGGCAUCAGCGUAAUGGUGCCUAUCCGGAGGAUUUUCAGCGUAUCUAUCUGCCUGCCAACUAUCACAGAUCCAAGUCGUAUCAGGCGCGAAUACAGAGCUAUAAGACGGCCAUGGCCACAUGGGGCUUUAGCAAUCCCGAGCUCUACACGAGUAGAAUUCCGACAGCGGAUCAGUUUGUGCAAUCUGCUGCGCGCUGCUUUAACAACGAUCCACUGGAAUUUAAGGUACUUAAUCACGGGGAUUUUUGGUCUGGCAAUAUUUUACUCAAUAGCACUUUGGCCUGUGAUAUCAAGGAGAUACAUUUUGUGGACUUCCAACGCUGCAAAUGGGGCAGUCCCGCUCAAGAUUUGUGGGAGUUGAUCAUAUGCUCCUCGCAUCAUAGUCUGAGAACAAAACAAUUUGAUUGUUUUGUUAGAAUAUAUCACACACAUCUUAUCCAAUGCCUUAAACUGCUGAACUAUGCCAAGCCGUUGCCUUUGCUCAGGGAGCUGCACAUGAGCAUGCUCAAGCAUGGUUUCUGGGGUUACUUUACCACCUUCAUGCAUCUGGUGCUCAUUCUACUGCCCGUAGACAAUGGGGCGAGUCUGCCCAAGCUAAUGCUGCCUGGUGAAGAUGGGGAUCGCUUUCGUGCCAAGGUCUAUACAAAUCCAUUGUAUGUGCGGGCCGCCUUAAGCAUAUUUCCAUUCCUGCAUAGACGUGGCUUAUUAGAAUUUUAAGAAAUUUAUAUUUAUAUUUACUUACCCUUGUUGGACGAAUUUCUCCUAUCUGUAAAUAUAGCAGUCACUUUUGGCUAUCUUGGAAGAUUUA